CCUGACAAGCGAUUAGACAAUUCUAAUGCGUCCAAUAGUAUGGUCAUAGUUCCGCACAAUCCGAGCUAUGAGAACAACACAGUACCACAGCAGCAACCGACGUAUCCUUACUACAAUGGUGGCUACGCUGGAGGUGGAGGUCUUCGGCAGCGGGUGUCUAAUCUGGAGGAACUCAUCGCCAAGAUCAAGGGAAAGCAUGAAGGUGACGAGGCAAGGGAGAAGGAGGCUCGUGAUGAGGAGGAGAGGAAGAAGACGGAAAAGGAGGAAAAGGAGAGACUGGUGAAAGACAAACGUGAACGUGAGGAGAUGCAUUCGGUGUUUGCUAAGGAAAUGAACGCGAGGCUAGAUGGGAUUAGUAGUGCUAUUGGUGGAAAGAAGGAAAAAGAAGACAACGAGGUGAGCAAGCUGAGAGAUGAAAUCGAGAGACUCAAGAAGAAUCAGCGGGGUAGUAGUGCAUCAACAUCAACUAGCGACAAAGAGGCGGUUAAGGCACUGCAUAAAGAAAUUUCCGAUAUGAGUGCGGCAUCGGAAGCGCGGUUUGGGUCGCUGGAAGACGAGAUUGAGAAAAAAAGAAGAUUGAGAAUGGAGGCGAUGGCGGACGCCGAAGCAUGGAAGAGUGAGGCUUUACGACCUGGCAAUAAGAGAGGGAGUUUGGCGAUCGGAGCGUCUCCAACGACGCAAGCAAGGGUGCGACCACGUGUGGUAUCGACCUCGACUCCGGAAGGAACAAGGAAGGUGGGUGAUGAGCAUUAUCGUAGUGUCGUUAAGCGUCACGGAAUGGAAGUUGAUUUGUUGCGAGAGAUGAGUCUGAAGGAAGUCAAAGCAAGGCGGGAAGCUGAAGAAGAAUUGGCGAAGGUGAGGGAGAGGCAGCUGGAUGACAAGCACGAGAUGGAAAUAUUGCGCGAACGUAUGAGGAAGUUGGAAGUUGAGAAAGGGAAAUGAGGGCCGGUGACGAAUCUGAAGCCACAGUUGGAUAAGGCGGCGGGUGUCUCAGCGCGAAAGACUGAUAAGGCUAAUAAGUUGGUUAGUCCGACUAUGAAAGUGGGGGAGAGGGAGAAGUUCCUGAAGAAAGUCAGGAAGGACUUGAAGAAUCUUCGGAAAGAAGAUGUGCAGGGCAUCUAUGAAAAGGAGGGGAUCAUGUAUGACAAGUUGGAUGUUACGAAGGAAGAGAGCUCAGUUACGAACAACGUGGGAAUUCAAGGACGGCGAGGGUAAAGGUAAGCAGGCGGUAGUCCACGAUGUCUCGGAGGACGGAGUAAGCGAGGCAGGUGCGGAUGGUGAUUCGGCUACUUCGUGAGUUCGAUCCCGAGCGUGACCGAUCUUUGGAGGUUAAUCAACUGUUGUUGUAAGAUCCAAUUUAUCUUAUUGUAUUUAUUUUAUUGAUUUUUUUUAUUAUAAUUAUAAUCAAAAUUGCAUUCAAUG